AGUUUCCUCGGAGUAGUUGGAGUUAUCCAGAGCUGCCUUUGUAGUGGACACAUCCUCAUCGGACUGGAGCUUUUCGAAAGGUUCUAAGACAAUGAUGGAGGUAAUGACCACUACCCUCUUCUAUAUCAUGAAUACAUCAGAUGUCACUGGAAGUAAUGGCUCUUUGUAUGACGACGACGAAGAAUAUGACUACAGUGAGCAUGCUGAGCUGAGAAAGUCUCUCAACAUCAUGUCUGUCAUUGUUUACUGCCUGGCCUUCGUUCUUGGUGUGCUCGGGAAUGGAGUGGUUAUCUGGGUGACCGGGUUCAAGAUGAAGAAAACAGUUAACACAGUUUGGUUCCUCAACCUUGCUGUGGCCGACUUCCUCUUCACAGCAUUCCUCCCCCUGAGUGUGACGUACACAGUCAUGGAUUUCCACUGGCCUUUUGGUAACUUCAUGUGCAAACUGAACAGUACCAUAAGUUUUCUGAACAUGUUUGCCAGUGUCUACAUCCUGGUGGUGAUCAGUGUGGACAGAUGUGUGUCUGUGGUGUCACCCGUCUGGGCCCAGAACCACCGAAGCGUGCGCAAGGCGUCUUAUGUGAGUCUAGGUGUUUGGGUACUGGCUCUGAUUCUAAGCGCUCCGUACUUCGUCUUCAAGGACACUUCACCAUAUAGUGAAGACGUCAUCAACUGCUUCACCAACUAUGGUCUCUCUGACGAUUAUGAAACACCAUCUGUGAUUGAGCUGCGACAUUUCCGUCAUCAGGCCAUGACCAUCACCCGCUUCCUCCUGGGAUUUGUUGUCCCCUUCACUGUCAUUGUUUCCUCUUAUGCUGUGAUAAUCCAUCGUCUCAGGAGGAACCGCACCCUGUCCAGCCAGUCGAGUCGCCCCUUUAAGAUCAUCGCUGCCGUUAUCACCACUUUUUUCCUGUGCUGGGCUCCUUAUCACAUCAUGGUUCUAAUUGAGAUGGUUAAUCACACGGCAAAUCAUUCAAAUGAAAUAUUAACCCAUGUCACUGUUAUCGGCAUCCCUAUAGCCACCAGCUUGGCCUUUCUCAACAGUUGUCUGAACCCACUGCUGUACGUGUUCAUGGGCCAAGAUUUUAAGGAUAAAGUCCGCAAAUCCAUCUUGAAUGUAUUGGAGACUGCCUUCCAGGAAGAGGUUUCUCGCUCUUAUACUUACACAAACUCAAUGGUCACCAGUCGGAGUAAAGAGAAGUCAGUUUCUGAUGCCGAGGUAUAAGCUUGUCCAUGAUAUGAAUAAACAAAUACUGUAACUGUACAUAGCAAAUGUAACUGUAUAUAACAUAUAACAUUUUUUUUUAGCUCUUUUUGUUGUUUAAUAACGGAUCCUCCAAACAAUAUCUACGUAAUCUGAGACUGGAACAUUUCACCUGUUAUAAUUUGAUGAUAUGAGUUUUAUGACCUUUCAGUUAUAAAAAAUAAAAAAAGAGAGAGAGAGAUCUGCGUCAUUGUAGAACUGACUCAGUGAUAUUCUGCAGUAAGUUGUAGAUCAACAUAUAAAUAAAGUGUUUGGAAAAGUGAAAUGUAUUGAAUAAUAACAUUUAUUUAUAUACUGUAGCACAUAUCAAAAUCAGACUUUUCAAAGUUUUUAAAGUGAUUUAAACAAAGAAAGAAAACAGAAUGCACAUUACAUACUGUUCAUACCUAAAGCAACCUGCAUACACACAUAAAUACACACAAACAAAAUGCCCAGACUGAAUAACAUAUAAAGCAAGUAUGUACAUUUAUUUUUUGAGUGCGAGUGGUGCUUCUUCAUAGUGCAAUUUUGUUGUUAGCUGCACUCAAUACCAUGCUAAACCUAGUAAAUAUGUAAUGUGCCACUUUUUUUGACAAGACCCACCUGUCAUAAUCUCAAAAUGUGUAUUAUAGUUGAAUUUGUGCAAUGCAAGCAAGACAUUUGGUUGUCAAGGGGGAACUUUCUCACCUGUCUCAUAAUCCAGUUGUUGAUUACUAUACAUACACAUACACAUACACAUACACAUACACAUACACAUACACAUACACGUGACAUACAUUAAAAAUGCAGGAACAUCACCUAGAUUACUAAUAAGGGUAUUUUGACAAAGAACAUCAUGCCUAUUUUUAUGUACAACAUAAUAAGCUGUAAGCUAGUGUAUGAAAGAGAUUUCAAUGCAUACUAAAUCUACACUCCACAUUCAACCCACUGAUGUCAUUAUGUGUGUACAUGUGUGUCUGGCAACACCAUAACACUGAAACUGAGCUGACUUUUGACUGCUACAUGUCGACUGCAUGCUUUGAUAAACAUGUUAUUCAGCAUAAAGGCAGGCUAAUGUGAGUCUAAUUACUAAAUAUAUGACUCACUAUAAGAUUCCUUUUAUUGUUAACUUCCAUUGUAAAGCUUAGUUUGAUGUUUUAUUAAUUGUUUUUUUUUUUGGGGGGGGGGGGGUAUGUCUUUGACUACCACCCUGAGUACAUGCAUGUUGUGCUAUAAUCUGCAAAUUUAAAUGUAUCAUUUCAGGUUACUAUCAUGGUAGAUAAAGCAAACCACCUCACAACACUCACAUUUAAGAGGCAAUCCAUUAUCAGUAUUUAUACAGGCAAAUUAUCUGUUAAUUCAGUAAUUGAAUGGAAAGAAAUGGUAUGGCAAACUUAUUCUAUGUACUGCAUUGCUUUGCUUUAUGUGCCAUAUGUGACAUAAUAUGAAUCUCUCUAUGAAAAAUUCUAAACAAUGUAAACAAUGUAAAUGAUAAUCCACUUUUUGUCUUUUUUUGUUUUGUUGUAGCCCUAUCAUUACUAGUUUUAAGAGUCCAUAAAUGAUGAUGAUGAUGAUGACUGUUAUUAUGAUUCUUUUUGUUGUUUCCAUUAUUAAAAUAUUAUUUAGACUUUAGCACUUUUCCACUCAUAAUGUUCUUCUCCUAAUUAAGGCUGCAUAUCAUGAGAUGUAGUCAGGAAGUGGGUAAAUCAUCUGUCUGUGAUAAUGUAUAAAUACUUUGAAUCAG